UUUGAUUGAUAUUUAAUAAUUUCGCCUCGUAUAUAUGUAUACAUGUGUUUUCACACACUCAUGUGAUCAAUCACUUAUUGUCAUAGAAAAAGAGAAGCAAUUCUGUGAGUUUUUUCUUUUUCUUUUUCUUUUCUUGAGAUUUGUUCUAUAUUUGCUUAGGUGUUAAUGGGCAACUGCAUGGAGAGAUGGAUGCAAAGAGAAGAAGAAGAAGAAGAAAAAGGAAAGAUAGAGGUGAAGGAAAGAGCAAAAGAGUCCUUCAAACUUGAUGGUGAUGAUAAGGAAGGUGAUAAUGGUGGGAUGAAGGUGAAGAUAGUGCUUACUAGACAUGAAUUGGACAUGUUUUUGCUUCAGAUGAAUAGGAGUCAUGAUGGAAACUUGAUGGUUACGAGAGAUGUCAUGGUAGAGCUAGAGAAGAGGGUCUCAAGAGCUUCAUCAUUCUCACCACUAUCAUCACCGAUGGCAUGGGAACCGUCUUUAGAGAGCAUCGUGGAGUGUCCAGAAGUCCAGGAGAUGGAUAGAUGAAGAUGCUCAAGAUGUGAUCUAUGAUGAAAAUGAGUUUGAUCAUGAUGAUCAUCAUAAAUAUUGGUUCUAGCUUGAGCAUUGUUUUUUUUAUAUGACGUGCGAUGAUAUGAAGUACUCUAUAACAUUUUUGCUCAUCACAUUUUUUU